CUCUCUCCCCAUGGACCCCUCCCACUAGCACAAGAGUGACACGCCAUUCAAUUGCUGUGUGGCCCUUUGCUUGUAGGAAGCAGGAGGGAGCUUUGAGCGUCCUCGCACAGAAGGAUCAUUUCUGAUAGAAACCGACCAGAUCUGCGCUGCUUCAGGCAAAAAGUUUAGCCGAAUCACGUCGACAUGGGGAUCCGGAAAAAGUCCAACAAGAACCCGCCGAUGCUGAGCCAUGAGUUUGUCAUCCAGAACCAUGCAGAUAUUGUUUCCUGUGUUGCUAUGGUUUUCCUUCUCGGGCUGAUGUUUGAGAUCACCUCAAAGUUUGCAGUGCUUUUCAUAACCGUCCAGUACAAUGUCACCAUAUCAACAAAUGGCCCAGAUGAGACACCUGUGAACCACUUCCACCAUGGCUUCAAGGACCUGGCCACUGUCUUCUUCUACAUGCUGGUGGCCAUCAUCAUGCAUGCCAUUAUCCAGGAGUAUGUGCUGGAUAAAAUCAACAGGAAGAAGCACUUCUCCAAAACUAAGCACAGCAAGUUCAACGAGUCGGGACAACUCAGCGCCUUCUACUUGUUCUCUUUCGGCUGGGGCGCGAGCAUCCUGCUUUCUGAAAACUUCCUGUCCAAUCCAGUCGCCUUGUGGGAGGGUUACCCCCACACACUGAUGCCAUUCCAGAUGAAAUUCUACUUUAUUUGUCAGCUGGGCUACUGGUUACACGCUCUCCCAGAACUGUAUUUCCAAAAAACAAAGAAGGAGGAUAUUCCCCGGCAACUUGUGUACAUCUUCCUGUACCUGGUCCACAUCGCAGGCGCCUACAUUCUGAAUCUGAACCGUCUGGGUUUGGUCCUGCUUGUGCUGCACUACUUUGUCGAGCUCCUGUUCCACGUGUCCCGCCUGAUCUACUUCAGCAACGAGAACAGACAAAUGGGCUUCACCGUAUGGGCCGUCUUGUUUGUCCUUGCACGGCUGCUAAUCCUGUCCUUGUCUGUGCUCACUGUGGGCUUUGGCCUCGCCACAGCUGAGAAUCAAGGUUUUGAUUUGGCUGCGGGAAACUUUAAUAUUCUUUUUGUUCGGAUAACUGUCCUGGCCGCCAUCUGCCUCACUCAGGCCUUCAUGAUGUGGAAAUUUAUCAACUUUCAGCUGCGCCGGUGGAGAGAGCAUGCCCAAGCUCAGACCUUGAAAAAGAAACAAGUUCCAUCCAAGAGCAAAUCGAAGAAAGACAAAACCAAUGGAGUAAACGGAGUGAACUCCCACGGAGCCGAUUCACCAAGAGCAAGAAAGGAGAAGUCAUCGUAAAUACAGCCCCUCAACCCCCCAUCACGGCCUUCUCAAAGGAACCCCAGCAACUCGUCCCCCCACCUCCCCCAAGAAAAAAACCAAACACUUCUUCCAGCUCAGUCACCAUGAUGUGCAUUUUCAGCUGCCGCACAGGACUGACCACCCUGCUGGACUUCCAGGGCCAGAAUGCAUUUAAGCUUUACCUGCUGCCAGCCGCCCAGCACGCCUUGAUUUAAGAAUCAUUGCUCUGCUGUGCCGUUUCGAAUGGAAAAAAGAAAGCAAAUUCAAAAAUAAACCACGACAAAAAGACCUUAUUUAAGAAGUGCCUAUUGAUACGGAUUGUUUUUGUACAGGGUGUGGAAUUUUACAAUAUCAGGAAUGAUGACUUCAGUGUUCAGUGUUUCUCCCAAGUCAGGUCAUACUGUGCUUUUUUUUGUUUUUUUCUGAAAUCCUGUGUGUUCCAGCUUGUGUUUUACUUUGCUUGUUUUUGUUCCCUUGUCUUGUAUUUGUAACUGCUGCUCCAGCUCCUCUUCUUCACCACUGACUCCUGUCCCACUUUUGAGGGAUUUUUGUAAACAUUUUAUGGAGGUUAUGAAUUUCCUUAAACAUCUCCCAUUUUUUUUCCAUGAGUGACACCCUUGUCCGGUGAUAAUCUCCAUCUUUAAGGCCCGACUGGGUUCACAUCCCCCAGACUGUUUCGAAUUCACACCACACGAUGUUGUUAGAUGGGCAAAUGAUGGAAAGCCAAGUUAAAGCUGGAAGUUUUCCAUAUCCACUCAUGGAUAGAAUAGGGAAGAUGGUAUAAAAGCAACUUAGGAGAUAUCACUCUGUAAUACUGUAAGGAGAUUCACAGUAUUAUGCAGAACUCCCCUGUGACCUGAUGUAGCAUUAAUUAUUAGAGUUCAGGGCAGCUUUUAAGUCGUAACAGAACGUGUUCCUUGCAGUGUCAUUAUGCUUUCUGUGCAGCAGUUCUGCCUAAAAUAUUGUUAAUAAAUGAACACAUUCUGUGUUUCAAUUUUGAGAGGUAUGAAAUAACUUUAUAAGAGAUGGAAAUCAGGCAAAACGUCCCUUUGGCAAGCAUCACUGAAUCACUAUCUCGUAUGGUUCCUCUUUAUUUGACGUGUAAGUAUUUGAUGGAUCUUACAUAUUACUGCCAUUAAAAAUGUCUGCAAGAUUUGUGGUAAAAGUACGGACUGGAAAAGAAGAAAAAAAAAUACAUUUUGUUGUUUUGCUGUUUUUCUCCCUUACCCACUAUUGACUGUGCCAAAUGAGACUGACUGUUGAUAUAUGCCUUUUACUCACAUGCCAUAAAAUAAAUCUACAAAGCUAUGGAGUGCA